AUGGCGGAGCAGGAAGCGAAGAAGGAGGAGCAGGAGGCCGGCACCCUGCUGGUGUGUGGAGCCACCGACUUCUAUGGCAUCGGGCGCACCAAGGAGGUCCGCCCGGAGUACCCCAACCUCUCGGUGCCGCACAGGCUCAAGGCGCUCGAGGGUGUUAAAGUGGCCUUCAUUGCGGCGGGGUCCUCCGCUUGCCACUCCAUCAUCGGCGACGUGAAUGGCGUGUGCUACACAUGGGGCCGCAACGAGAAAGGCCAGCUGGGGCUGGGCGACACCAUCAAUCGCAACAACCCCACUGUCGUGGAGGGGCUGCGCAACAAGAAGAUUGUCGCGGGGUCAGCCGGCAAGAGCCACUCCGCCGUGGUGACCGCCACGGGCGAGUCGUACACCUUUGGGCUCAACCAGUACGGCCAGCUGGGCACGGGGCAAGUGAAGAAGCUCAAGGGGGCAGAGGACAUGUCGCUCACGCCGCAGUUGGCGCUGGUGUCCAAGUGCGGCAAGGUGGGGUGCGGCGUGGACUUCACGAUGUGGCUGUGCGACGGCAAGCUGUGGUCGGCGGGGUGCCCGCAGUACGGCCAGCUGGGCCACGGCACCGACCACUCGUACAACGCCGCCGACAGCAGCGUGAAGAUGGUGUUUGAGCCGCAGCCGCAGCCGCGCAUCAUCGCCUCGCUGGCGGAGAAGACGGUGACGCAGGUGGCUGUGGGGUACAACCACACCAUCGCAGUCUGCUCCGACGGCGGCGUGUGGACCUGGGGCUUUGGCGGCUACGGCCGGCUGGGCCACAAAGUGCAGCAGGACGAGUUCAAGCCGCGGCUGAUCGAGGCGCUGACGGGGCGCAUCACGGUGCCCGCAAACGCGGUGGUGGCGGCGGGUCAGACCGCCUCCUUCUGCACCAUCGUGGGCGGCCAGCUGUUUGCGUGGGGCAAGCUCAAGCCCUCGGGCGACAACCUGAUGUACCCUGUGCCGUACGAGGGCCUGUCGGGCUGGAACAUCAGGAGCCUGACAUGCGGCAGCAGCACCUUUGCUUGCGCGGCGACCUACGGCGCCGAGAAGUCGACCAUCACGUGGGGCCACUCCAACGGAUACAGCGAGCUGGGCUACGGCCCCGCGGGCAAGAAGAGUUCCGCCAACCCGGACAAGUGCAUGGCGCUGGAGGGGGCGCAGACGCUGCAGGCGCGCCUCGCCGCUGGCCGCUGGCCCCGCAGCAGGCGGCAGGGGGUUGCCAUGGGCUUUGGCCACAGCCUGUUCCUGGUGAAGGAGGGCGAUGCCAAGGCCGCCGCCGCACCCGUCUGGGAGGCGCCGUGCGAGCGCGACGAGUCUGCGCCCACCGCGGGCGGCGGCACCAAGCGCAAGCCGCCCGCGGCGUCCGGCGGCGCAAAGAGCGGGGCAAAGGCCAAGGGAAAGAAGAAGUGA